AUGCCCUUUGCAGGACAAUGGUGCAAAGUAUGGAUUUAUUUCGGAUUCGUUUUCGCGUGGGCAAAGGGUGCGCGUCCACGCUUUGAUACCUCCACGGACAUGGGAUUAGUUCUAGUUCCAGCGGAUGCUGAAGUAGAUUCUGUCAUUUUCCGACUUCGCGCCACUGACCAGGAUGCAGAUUUCCCACUUGUUUUUGAAAUAACUGCUACCAUCACACCUGUUGUAAGGAUCGACAACCUGCCGUGCACGUUGUAUAACAAAGUGUGUCAGGCUAAUGUAAUACUAACGAAACGGCUAAUGCCCGGACGCCUUCACGAUUUUGCCGUUAGGGUUAGAGACACGAAAGGAGAUUCGAACUCGAUGCAAGCUACUAUUUCUGUUACGAACGCAACCACCCUUCGUGAUAAAAUAUUCCCGCACAUACCCUCUCUGAUAAUGGUACCCGAGGAUACUAAACCAGGUAAAGAAUUGGACUAUCUUUUAGUAAGAGCUAAUUCUUGGAGUGGGAAACCCGUUUAUAUCGAACUCUGGCAACCAAAAGAACUUUUCACCAUAAGACAGCGGCAGACACCCACGCAAACACGAGGAAUAAUUACACUAACUGGAGAAUUAGAUUUCGAAACGCAAUCCAUGUACACUCUUACCAUGUAUGCUACGGAUCCCUAUACGGAGCAGGGAAAAGACACUAGAAAUAUUGCAGGCUUGAGCGUUGUUGUGAUAGUUCAAGAUGUUCAAGAUGUUCCUCCAAUUUUUACGCUAGCCCCUCCCCUCACAAGGAUUAACAAUUCUGUACAACCUGGUGAUAUAAUACUACGAGUGCACGCAGAAGACGGUGAUAAAGGUGUACCGCGUGAAAUCGUGUACGGUCUCGUGUCUGAAGGCAACCCCUUUACGCCAUUUUUUAACAUCUCCGAAACAAAUGGAGAAAUUACUCUUGCCAAACCAUUGGAGGAACUUACCCAAAUUACGCACGUUGGAGCGCCCGUUGUACUUACGGUGGUUGCUGAAGAAAUAAGAAGAAGCAGAGAAGAACCUCCUGCCCAAGCCACAGUCGUCGACGUUGGCUUUCUUCUUGGGGAGCCGGGAAAUAGUCCACCAUACUUCGAGAGCGAUAAUUACGUUGCUACGAUAGACGAAAAUCCUGAGCCGGGCACUGUGAUAAAUUUUGGUGAGCAAUAUUCAGCCAGGGUGAAAGACGAAGAUAUUGGAAAAGCUGGGGUGUUUGCGUUAAAGCUGGAAAAUAACAAUAAUACGUUUGAAAUAAAUCCGACGGUUGCAGAACGCAAUGCAGACUUUAUUAUAACCGUUCGAGAUAACACAUUCAUCGAUUAUGAAUUAUACAAAGUUUUAUCGUUCAAGAUUGUAGCUCAGGAAGUUGGUCCAGCUACAAAUCUAUCAGCGUCAGUGCCAGCUACAAUAUUUUUAAGAGAUAUAAACGAUAAUCCGCCAAUAUUUGACGAACAAUCAUACGAGAUAACGUUAUCUGAAAACGUAACUGCGGGUUCACGCGUGAUUCAGGUGCACGCAACUGACAAAGAUACAGGUGUUUAUGGCAGUAUCCGAUACACCGGUAUAACAGGAGAAGGCAGUCAAGCUUUCACUAUGGAUUCAGACACCGGAUUAAUAACUGUCGCUAUGGGCUCUUCCUUAGAUCGUGAAGUAGCAGCAAGACUUGUAUUAACCGUUGAAGCUCGGGAUGAAAAUGGCAACGGCAAUAGUGGCGUUGUUCCUUUAAUAGUUAAUCUACUUGACGUGAAUGAUAAUGCACCAAUAUUUGAAAAGGACGUUUACGAGUUUAUGUUGAACUCUGAUCUAACUAAUUUUACAUCGACUGCUUUGAUAAAGGCGAUUGACGCUGACGCAGAGCCACCCAACAAUGUAGUUAGAUACGAAUUAGUUUACGGAAACUACGGGAAGAAAUUCGAUUUAAACGAAACGAGCGGUGAAUUAAUACUUCUGUUGCCGAUUACGAAAUUCAGACAAAAGAAACAGAGCGCAUACGAGAAAUUUUCGAAGAAAGCUAAAACGAAAUUCGUCAACAGUCAAGAAGAAAUACGAAACGAUUUCUUAAUGGUGACUAGAAAUGUGAAUGAAUCUACGAGGAUUAAUUUGGGAAAUCUAACGAAGGAAAUGUCGACGGAAGUUAUAAAGAAACGACGAAAACGAGCCGACGACGAUGCACUGUACACUCUCACUGCCAGAGCAUACGAUCUAGGUGUACCGCAUCUUUCAAGUACAACAAAAAUUCGGAUCCUCAGUGGAAUCGCAAUGGAAGCACGCAUAAUGAUGUUCGUGGUGCCAGGAGAACAGCCGAACUCCACGAAAACUGCUGAAACUUUAGCCGCUAUUACAGGUGGUCGAGUGACUGUGUUAGAAACUCGUCCUUAUAUUCAACGGAAUGACACUGGAAGCACGGGGAUUCUUCCUGGGGGAGGAAAAAGGAGUAUUAUCGUGGCUCGCGUCGAGCAAACUGAACCAGGUACGUCUUUGGUAGAUGUAGAAAAGAUUCGUGAAGCUUUAGCUGCGAAUGGAGUCGGGAUCAUUGCUGGAAACGCGAUUAUGAACACGAGUAUACAUAUCGACAAUACAAACGCCCCUGUUGAUGGAACUCCACAUCAUACAAAUGUCAAUGAUGGUCAAACGACUCUUAUUAACAAUACUAUUGCUACUGUUCCAAGCGAAGAAGUGACGGUGUACAAAGCAGAAAACAAAUUAUUAUUCUGGCUUCUGAUAAUCCUGGUGUUACUUAUACUUUUGGCCAUUGCCGCGUUAAUUAUCUGCUGCAUAUGUCCUGGAUGUCCUUUUUAUAUGGCGCCCAGAAAAAGACGAGUACAUUCGUCAGAAACAUUGGUCGUACGAUCAGAUGGAAGACCAAAACGACAUCUUCAUCGGCAGCCUGCGGUAGCUACCGAAGUAUCGUGGAAUGGAAGGAAACAGGCGUGGAGUGCUGACCCAACGAGAAGAAAUUGGCAAUUCAAUAGAAGAAACGUAAAGAAUUGUUCGCUUCCUGGCGACGUUGCUUACAUUUCUGGGCAACCAAACGACGUUCAAAUGAAUCUUGAAGCUCAAAGAUUAAGAGAUGGGCAUUCUUACGAUCACUCGAGGAAGAGCAGAAUAAAUGAACAAGAAAGAAUAUAUAUGGAGGAUAUGGAGGAUCAAAAGGCAAGAGGUUAUCAUACUGCGGAAUUGGACUCUUUACAACGACACGAAAUGGAAAGAGGUUCCGAUCUGCAACAUCAAGCUUAUAGGCAAAGAUUCGUGGAAACCGACAUGAACGAAGAACCAACUGUCAGAGAGCAACAUUUCUACCGCGAAGGGAACGCUGAAGUCUUACGGCUAGUGACACGAGGACAAGUGGAAGAUACGACAAGCCAUCUUCACCAACCCCAUCAUCACCGCCCAACAGCCUUGAUCGUAGAUGGCAAGGAUAUAAUUCUGCAAAGAUUCAUAGAAGACCAGAAGUCGAGGCACGAGUUGUCGAUGCAGGACAUCGAAGCAGCUCGUAGCAUGGAAUCGCAUCAACGAUCGAAAGAAGUAUGUCAGCAACAACAGCCAGAGAUAAUCCUGAUACCGGACAGGUUGGAUCUCGGUCAUAGGCAGCACAUCGAAGAAAUAGGACCUAACGUGCAGAGGCUAGUGAUCGAUCACGGUGACUAUGGUUCGCAAAAGAUAGAGAAAGAAUCUCUGAGGGAAUCUCAGAUGAGAGAAACUAUGAGGCAAGAGAAGCAAGAGGCUGUUGCAAGUGGUGCACCAAUUGCUGAAAGACCGCCGGUCGUUACCACAGAUCACAUUCAAGCAAAUAGCAGCCAGUAUCCGUUUCACGACUUGGAGCUAGCGAGACAAAACGCGCUAUUAACUCGAUUACUACUCGAAAGAGAAAAUCGUCGUGCAGGAGCCGGCGGAGUGGACUCCACAAGUUACUUAGAAACGCAAAGCCUUCCCGGACAAGUAGCGAUCGCUACUCAAACCGACAGAACAGCGGCCACUCAAACGGAACGUCAGGUGAAAAGUAGAAGCGACAACGACGAAUCCGACGAGGAGUCAAGACACAGGAAAAAAUUGAAGUCUAGGAAGAAGUACGGCGAUGGAGAUUGGAAAAGGUCUAGAACUCUAUGGAUGAAGUCGCCGAUCGAAGAAGAAGUGAGCCCUUGUUUCGAUAAGCGAUUGAGCAUUUUGAGGAAAAAAGUGAGGGAGGUGAAAGAAGGCAGGAAGAUUUCUCUGGAGCCGGAUGUGCUGAGGGAAAUCUCGGAUUCUUUGGAUGGAAACGGAAGUUCGUACAAAGGCGAAGAGGACGAAACGAUGCGGAGUUAUCAAAAAACCGAACGCACGAGUAUCAGUUAUAAGAUUCUGAACGAGAAGGAGACUGGUUCGCAAUCUUCCGAGGAGAUACGUAAGGAAAGGCACGAGAAAAGUUGUGAGGACGUGACUGACGAUCAGAAGAUGAACGUCACUGAGUCCACCUCCUCGCCAGAAAUAAAAGUUCAACGUGAAAAGUACGUCCGCGAGAAGGUAGACGGCAGAAGUCCGAAAAAGGAGGGAAAGUCGAAGACGCAGAAAAAGUCAGACGGCGUGAUAAAGCCGAGUUUCAGGAUUCUUGAGAAAGAGUUUACAAUGCUAACGAAGAAGCUGAGCAAACUGGGUGACAAAAAAUUUCAGGAGAGCACUGGCAGCGACAGCACGAGCCAAGAGAAGUCAGAUUCGUUUGCGAAAGAGCCGAAAAAGGAUUUGGAUCAGAAAAGCGCGAAGAAGAUGGAUUCCUCGAGUUCUCAGAAACAAACAGCUGAAUGUACCGCGAGCUCGUUAAAGGCGGAACAGAAAGGAAAACAGAAGAAGGAGUCAGCCAUAGCUAAAACGAAACAAAAGCUGAAAUAUCAACAGAGUCAAGUGAUGAGUACGGGAAGUUCCGAGUUCGACGAUGCUCUUGACAAACCAAAGAAAUUUUGCGGAACUCGUCACGAAAGCGUGAAACAGAAGCAACCAAUUAGCACUCAAGGUCAUGCGAAAGUGAAACGUCAAACGCAAAUGGAGCGACGAGAACCUAAAAAGCAAAUGUCCGAAUUUCGAGACGAAGAAGUUGAGAAGCGAAAGGAAGGCUACUCGAAGGAAACACCAAAGGCUGAAUUAAAGUCUGAGAAGAUUGGGAAAAUGAUGAUAAAAGCACCGAAACUGGGUACUAUAUCUCGUAAACAGAACGUCGCUGAAGAAACCAGCACCAGUACAGAGGAAAAAAGAGGAGGAAGAGAUGCGUUUACUCCAAGAGAUUUCGAAAAGAAAAGCAGUACAGAUUUUUCAGACGGAGAUUCAAAUGGCGUACAUCAACGCGUGGUAGAAAGGUUUCCAAAGAAAAUAAUUGAAAAAUUUAGCGACGACUUCGUUGAAGAACCGAAGGAAGAAAUCGUGGAGCAACAAGCAACAAUUUCCAUGGAAGAAGAGCGGGAUACAGCGAACGUAGAAAAACACAAGAUUGUUACAGAGAAAGAAGUAUGUAUUCCUGACACGAUACAGGUGUCAAAAAAUGGGUUGAAGUGGAUUCGUGAUACAGUUGAAGAACCUGUGAAACCUGAAGAACAUAUAAGUACAAAGAAAUCGAUCGAUGAUUCUACGGCUCAUGCUAAAGAAGAAUUGAUUACAGGUUUUACGGCUAUUGAUACGAUGGCUGCAACUAAGAAAGAAGAGCUCAGUGAAACUAUCGUACGAGAUCGGCAAACUGAUAAAACUUCGUCUGAAAAAGAAUCUAUGGAGAGUAUAAAAUAUAGCGAUACAGGUGAAAAAAAAGAAAGUAGGCAGACAGAUAAAUUAGCGAGCGAAGCUGAAAAAGACAUAGCUGAACAUAUAAAGGAUAAAUUGGAAGAUUAUAAGGACGAAGAUAAAUCAUUAGAUGAGUCCAAAGAGCAAAUUGAAAUGAAACCAGUGCGCGAGUUAGAAGAGCGGAAACAAGACGAUAAGGAAGAUGAUAAAUACGAGUAUUUGGAGCAGAAAAUGAAAAAGCUGUUGUCAAAAGAUAUUGGGGAAGAGAGUGUAGCUUUAGAAGAGCUUAAGAGGGCAGAAGUAGAAUAUAGAGCUGAAGGAAUUUCUAGAGAAAAGGAAGAAGCAGAAAAAGAACUAGAAGUCGAAGUUGAUGCUCUUAAAGAAGAAGAACGUAGUGACAAAAUAGGUACAGUGCAAAAGAUCGAAGAACCGGUUGAGAAAUAUAUAAAAACUGAAAUGCCAAGUAAUGGACAGGACAGUGUGAGACAAGAUGUGGCAGAUGAAUCAAAAAUAUGUGGAAAAACAGAUAAAACAGAUAAAACUAAUGGAGAAGAGAAAAAAUCAGUAAAAGAUGUCGAUGGUUCAAAAUUAGAUCACGUUACUAUCGAGGAGAAGGAAGGUUCAAUACAAGCAACAUCUAGUGACCAGGAGAAAAAAAUGAUCGAUUCAAACACAAUUGAAGUUCUCCGUGGAAAAGAAACUACGUCAAUGAUUGAAACUUACGAUCGAAAGGCUGAAGAAAAUGUUUUUCUAGAUGAACAGGAAAAGUACGACGAAGACGUUACAAGAAUUAAAUCCGUUGAUCAAGUUGCAGAAAGUAUUUUCGUAAAUAAAGAUAAAGAAGGCAUUAGUGAUAAAGGCGAAAUCAUCGUGAAAGCUACAACUGAGGAUGACAAAGCUGUUGAAAAGGCAAGUGAGGAUUAUAAAAUUACUGAAAAAGUAACUGAGGAUCAAAAAUUUGAUAAGAAAAUAAUGGAUGAUCGUAAAAUUUUUCCAGAAGCAACUAUGGAUCAAGAAGUUGGUAGAGAAAUAAAUAAGGAUCGGAAAACUGAUGAACAAGCGAGGCAAAUUGAUCGAAUUACUCGAGAAGAAACUUUUGGGGACCCCGAAAUUAUCGAAGAGGCAACGAAAGAUCAAAAAAUGGAUAAAGAAAUAACUGAGGGUCAGAAAGUUGAUAAAGAAACCACUAAGUUUACAAAAAUGGAUACAGAAACGAAAGAGGAUGAUAAAAUUCUUGAUAAGACACCAGCGGAUCAUAAAAUUAUUGCAGUUACUGGAGACAAAAAGACUUCUAAAGAAACAACUGAGCUUGAAAUUCCUGAAACGGUAAUUCCAGAUGAUCAAAUUGUUAAAGAAACAACUGAAGAUCGGAAAAUUGAUGAAAAAGCAGCAGAGGGGUACAAAAUUUCCAAAGAAGCUACUAUGGACAAAGAAAUGACUAAAUCGGCAACUACAGAUUAUAAAAUUGAUAAAGAAACAAGGGAUGAUGGCAAUAUUAAUGGAGAACCAACUGCAGAUCAAAAAAUUGUUAAAGAAACAAAGGACGAUGAUGACAUUACAGGAGAACCAACUGCAGAUCAGAAAAUUGGUAAAGAAACAAAGGACGAUGAUGACAUUACAGGAGAACCAACUGCAGAUCAGAAAAUUGGUAAAGAAACAAAGGACGAUGAUGACAUUACAGGAGAACCAACUGCAGAUCAGAAAAUUGGUAAAGAAACAAAGGACGAUGAUGACAUUACAGGAGAACCAACUGCAGAUCAGAAAAUUGGUAAAGAAACGAAGGACGAUGAUGACAUUGCAGGAGAACCAAUUGUAGGUCAGAAAAUUGGUAAAGAAAUAAAGGACGAUGAUGACAUUGCAGGAGAACCAACUGCAGAUCAGAAAAUUGGUAAAGAAACAAAGGACGAUGAUGACAUUGCUAGAGAACCAACUGCAGAUCAGAAAAUUGGUAAAGAAACGAUGGACGAUGAUGACAUUGCUAGAGAACCAACUGCAGAUCAGAAAAUUGGUAAAGAAACGAUGGACGAUGAUGACAUCGCUGGAAAACCAAUUGGAGAUCAGAAAAUUGGUAAAGAAACAAAGAACGGUGAUGACAUUGCAGGAGAACCAACUGCAGAUCAGAAAAUUGGUAAAGAAACAAAGAACGGUGAUGACAUUGCUAGAAAACCAACUGCAGAUCAGAAAAUUGGUAAAGAAACAAAGAACGGUGAUGACAUUGCAGGAGAACCAACUGCAGAUCAGCAAAUUGGUGAAGAAACAAAGGACGAUGAUGACAUUGCUAGAGAACCAACUGCAGAUCAGAAAAUUGGUAAAGAAACAAAGGACAAUGAUGACAUCGCUGGAAAACCAAUUGGAGAUCAGAAAAUUAUAGAAACAGUUGAGAAACAAGACACUGUUAAAUAUUAUGAAACUCUUGAAAAAGCAACCGAGGACUUCAAAAUUACUGAACCAGAAGCUACAUAUCAUAAAAUGGUAGAAAAGACAACUGAGGAUCACACAAGUGUUGGUGAUCUCGGAAUUUUAACAGAAACUACCGUUGAUUUCAUUGGUAAAGAGAAAACGUCCGAUGAGGAGAAGAAAAUUUCAAUGGAAAUCGAUAAGGACAAAGUUAGUGAAAAAGAAGCUAUUUCUUUAGAUGAAGAAAAGGUACCUGGCGAGCAAGCAGGUACUACAGAUCUUAAAUCGGAUGAUCAGCAAAUAGACAAAGAGGUUGUUUUAAAUGGAAAAGAAGAAACUGUAGAUAUUACGUCUGAUAAUGAAAAUGAAAAGAGAAAAAGUAGUUCCCCGAAGGAAAAGGAAACUUCCACGAAAAAGGAAGUUACGAAAGAACCAGUUUCUAGCGACGAUCACAGAAUUAAUGAGAGAGAUGUUUCUAUUGACACGAAGGAGGAAACACGUGUUGAAGAAGAAAAAGAAAUUGUAAAAGGCGAAGAAACCAAAGAACAAGCAAGUAUUAUCGACGAUAAAGAAAAGGAAAAAUAUCAGGAUAAAGAAGAAAAAAUAACUAUAGGGACGGUAAAAAUUGAUGACCAUUCGAUCGAAGAAAAAGGAAUUAGUAAAGGAAUGCAAAAAAUGGAUGAUUCCAAAGCUACUGAGAAAGAGAGUACAGAAACAGAAGAAAUUGAUGACAGUCAAAUUCCUGUCGAGGGAAUUGCCCCGGAAACUUCAAUUGAAAAAGAGGAUGAUACAUCAACGAUUCAAGAUUAUCAGAUCGAUAAGGAAGUUAUUCCCAUGAAAAUACUUGAUGACACCACUAAAGAAAAAGAUGAUGCGUCAAAAAAAUCAAUCGCUGAGAAAGAAGAUAGUGAAGCAACAAAGGAUUCAACGGAAAUGCCUACUUCGAUCGAUAGUUAUACGAAAAAAGAAAGUCCAAUGGAGACAUCAACUGUUGAUGAUCACACUGAUAAAACAGAUGGUGUCUUCGAUACAUUAACGAAUGGCAAAAGAUCGAUAAUUCCGAGUACUGAAAAAGAAACUGGAACUAUCGAACAAUCAUCUACAGACGAUAAAAUUAUCGAGAAAGAAGUUGCUUCGUUAUCUUUCGACAAAAGAGAAGAGAAGGAAAAGAAUGAAGUCAAAAUUUCGAAUAUUAGUAAAUCUCCGACUCCUCGAAUAGAUGGCGAGUCUGAGACACUCGUGGAACCACCAGUGGACGAUAAACAAACGACAGAAGACGCGGGGCAAGAUAAAAUUGUUGAUCUCUCGGAUGAUGACAAAAUAAUAUCAACUCCAAAGGAUGCGGCAAAAAAGGUUGAGGAAAUUAAUGUUCUCGAAGAAGCAAAGGAAGAAGAAUCCGACGAAAAAAUAAAAAUCGAUGACUCCUCGAGAGAUGAAGCGACAAAAUUAGUGGCAGAAGAAUCUGUCGAAAAAUCAGAAAUUGGUGAACCUUUAAAGGACGAGCCAGCAUCACCGGCGAAAGAAAGACAAGACAAGUUAUUCGAAAAAACGCACGAAGUGAGCAAGGAACCCGAGAAACUUUCGGAUAAUGAAACAGCAGAUAGCAAACUAGCACGAACUACCGAGAAGGUGGAGCAGUUGCACGAACCAUCAGGUAAAGUGAGCAGUAGUUUUCAGGAAAUCGAAUUGGUUGAAACUUCCCCGCAGAUGUACGAGACGACAGAGAAAGAAAAGUUUGCGUUUGAUUCCACUAUACGGAAAGCUUCAACAGAUUCCGGGAAAAUAUCCGAAUCCGAAGAGCAGUUGAAGUCAGAGAGCGAGCAAACUGAAUUACAGGAAGUAGAACAAUUUGUUGAGGAACAAACUUUUACCGCGGAGGGAGCCGACAUUCAGAGGGAGACAUUUCCGAAGGAACAGUCAAAUAUGCGAUUUAAUGUACCUACGAUUGUCCCCAAUGGCGAAUCAGAUAAGCAAGAUCUAACGAAGCCGAAAAUGGAUAAAACUUUGCCUUUAGAGGAAGAUAUAGGGCAAGAAGAGAGGCAGGAAAUACCUGUUGAGGGAAAACUUAUAGACGUAAGCCUUCCACUUUUUACAAGCAUAAUAGAUACGGUGGUUGAUUCUGAAGAUAGUGAUUCAUCGAGUGAUAUUUCCAGGAAGACAACGUUAACUACCAGACCGUAUCAGACACCACGACAUCGCGCUCCACAACUAUCUGAGAAAGAAAUUAGUCAAACUGAGGAGACAACUGAGCUACAGGACAUGGAAGAUGAGGAACGAGUGACGAUAUCGAUCGAAGAGAUAGAAGAUGAGGACGUAGAAUCUUCGAAGGAGGACAAAAUGUUCGUGGAAUUUGAAGAUACAAGCGAAACAGAAGAAGAUAAAGAAACUGUAUUAAGGGAAAAGACUAUGGAUAUACAAACGCAUUUUAGUCCGAAGAAAAUAAUCACAGGAACUGAUAGAGAAGAUAUGGAGAAAGACGAGCAAGCAGAAUCUGGAUGCAGUUUGGAACUGGAUAAAGAAUCCUCGAUUAGUACAAAACUAGAAUCUGGGACGAAGGAGUGCGAUACGAAGGCUGACAGACAAGAUAAAGCUCGUGACAAAGAAAGUUCGACUAGUACGAAACAUGUAAAGGAUACGAAGAUAGAUUCUGGAACGAGAGGCUACGAUAGAAAGCCUGAUAGACAAGAUGAGGUUCGUGAGAAAGAAUCGUCGACUAGUACACAACGUGUAAAAGAUACAGAACUAGAACACGAAAUGAAAGACGACGAUAAAAAGGUUGAUAAGCCAGAUGAAGCGUCAUUAAUUUCUAAACUUGCAAAAACCGAGACCUUUAAAGUUACCGAUAGAAGAAUGAAAGAGCUGGAAAAGAAAAGAGUAAUUCUACGAAGGAAGAAAAAAAGUUCUUCCGAGGAAUCUUCCGAGGAGAAAGCAACUCAUUUUCACGAUGUAACGAGUCACGGUGGGUAUCGGACACGUAGAAAGCUCCCGGAAGAACAAUUGAAGCAAAAAGAUAGCGAUCAAACGAAACAAUCAAGGAAACGAGAUGAGGAGUCACGGCGGAAGCAAUCUCUGUCGAAAUUGAAAGCCGAAAAGGACAAAAAAUCAUCCAGUAGCAGCGAGAAAUAUCCAACUCCACCGAAAACUGGAGAAAUCGAUACGAGUAAGACACGACCGAAAUACAUGGCCUGGUACAAAAAGAAUCGAGAAGAAAUGGAAAAGAAACGAGCCGAAUUAAUGGCUACGGACGACGAGGAGCAACUUCCUCGAUGGUUACGAAGGAGUAUGAAAAAUCAAAAAACUGAGAAGGAAGGUAAAAAGUUAUCGAGCCAUAAAACUGCUGACACGACUCCGCGGACGAGACGCAAAGUGAAACCUUUGGUAAACGUCGAGUCUGAACAAUUGAAAGCCAUCGUUCGUCAAGGAAGAAAAUUAAGGAGAGCCGAAGGAGGAAAAAACGAAGAUCCACCGGUUCAAAUAUUCGCGGCAACGCCACCCUCGGUAUCGCAAGAUCCUAAAUAUCAUUUGCUACAACAUUCUGAAUACAAAUACGAAAAGAUAUCUGCGCCAUUUUACCUUCAUCCUCCGCCUGUUCCUCAUCCCUCGCCGCAAUUAUCACCAGAACAUUUUAAUAUUCCACCUACGAUGGAACAAGGGUGUACCGGUGAAGAUUUCGAUUCUGGAAUAGCAAUAUCGUUGCAGGGUGGCAACAGGUUGCGACACCAACAAUUAUUAGAAAAGAAAAGUGUAUUUGAUAUCGCUUACAGCGAAGCUGCCCCUUCUCAACUUCGUUCUGACAGUACUACACCUCCGUCUUAAAUUAGUAAUAAUUUGAGAAUCUUUUGUCUUUGUAGAAAACUAUUCUUCUCUGUCGUUUAACGAUUUUUAAAAUAUUUAUUCAAGACGGAUACAUUGUUAAACAUUUUUGAAUAUUUUACGCGACAAUUAACUUUAUACAAUUAAUCAGUUGUUACAGUUUAACAAGUGUACAGGAUAAAGUGAGGACAGAUUUAAAUCUAUUAUUAUCGAGCUCGUAAAUGUUAUGAAUUCUAAAAGAAAAAGGAAAAAGACACAGAUUAAACUAGAAAUGACUAAAUUACGCACAAAAAAUGCAGGGUUAAUUAUAACAUAAAAUAGAUUUCAAAAAUUGUCACGUUUUAGAAUUUACACUUUGAUGGAGAAUAACAUGAAACGAAUAUGAAAUUUGAAAAUGCAUUUAAUCAUAAAAUUUGAAAAAGCGUUCAAUUUCGAUGGAGAGUGAUUAAUAUUCGCUACAUAGUAUUCACUAUAAAAAUAACAUUGAAAGGAAUCUGAUAGAGUUUAAUGAAUUUUACGUAUGUGUAUGUACAAAUUUUAUCAAUAUUCAUUAUGAAAUAAAAAUAUUUAAUAA